AUUUGGUUUCGAGAAAAAUGUUCAACAGUAGUUUCUUCUUUGAUUUUCCAGCCUUGUAAAACUACAAAAUGACGACAAUGAAAGGACUUCUCCUCGGAGUCUCCUUGUCUGUUAUGAUAGGUUGCUGUGUUUCUCAAGGGUUUGGUGGAUACAGAGGCUAUGGCAUGUAUGGAGGGUUUGGAGGAGCUGGAUACAACCCAGGCGCCCGCUUCAGUCAGUACUGUUAUAUAUAUCAAAAAGAAAGGUGGGAUGAAGGACAUGGCAGAUGCUAUUGGAAGGUCCUGAAAGAGGUAUUCGACAAGGUGAAAGAUUUCAGCCGCCAUGAUCGACAUGCAUUUCGGGAACUCUACGGGAUAUCUCGAAGCGGCCUGUUGUGCUUCGUCGGAGGUCACAUGGAGGCGAACCAAAUAAUUCCGAUCCAUGAUCCUUGCCAGGGCUUUGAUGCUGCCUGCAGUGGUCGAACAGUUGACUAUUGUUCAACUCUACGAGCCCGAGCCAGGCCACGACCUCCAGCUGCUCCUGCACCCACCCCGCGACCACAACCUCCUGCAACACCUCGCGGCCGUGGUAUAUAAAACUCGUGUCGGAGAUACACAUACGUUCAACUUAAUAUCAUGCAUGUAGAAAAUGUUGAAGUCCGAUUCCCUGACAUGCUUUAAUGCAGUUGAAAAGGAUCACAGAACAGUCAAGGUAGUUAAUGCGGUCUUCACGAAAAUGGAAGGGAUUAUUAUGAUGGGAUUAAACGAAAUAACACCUUGACAUAGUGGCAAAUUGUUCAGAUGUAGCAUUCCCUUACAAAUAAUAGGCAGUUUUCGUUUCCACAACGCACGACGUUUUCAAGAACAUAAAAAUUAUUGCCAAAUGCGUGUUAUGACAAUGAAUGACCAAAAAGUCUUUGUCGAAAAUGUGUAUAUCAAAACGGCAGUUUCGUCCUAGAUUCUGGACAAACGACAUAUUUGCAAUUUUUUGUCAGCUCCAAGACUUAGGACGAAACUGCUGUUCCGAUUCACCAAUAUGGUCAACAAAGACUUCGCAGCUGUUCAUUGUCAUUUGACGGCCAUUUCCAAUACAUUUACUAUGUUCUUGAAUCCGUCGUGUGUCGUGGAGGCGAAAGCAUCCUAUCAUUGAAUUUAUGAACUAUGGGAUGUGUUCUACAUCCCCAAGAAAACACAUUCUUGCAUGCCAUUCAUGCACAUCGCUUUUUACUGGAUUUUUAAAUUUAAAACCCAGGUUAGAUUAUCGACAUCGUAGUGUUUUAAUGAAAGAGCUUUAACACUUUCCACAGCAAGCUUACUUAUUUUCAAUCUUGAGAGAUUCUCCUUUGAGGGAAAUGAGGGACAAUUUACGUUUAGAAUGAUUUUAUUCCUGUCUUAGUUUUUUAUUUUUUGUUUAUACAAUAAAUUGAAAAAGUGUGAUGUAAA